CCGAAACCAAAACACAACAAGCUCUGGAGGAGCGGCAGGCAACGCGGCGGGGCGGGAGGACUGGCGGCUGCAGAGAGCCUCGGGAGGCUGAUGCAACUUUCCCUUUAAGAAAGCCACCUGGGCGCACCGCGGUGCGGACCCAGCACGCCUGGGCCGGGGGCAGCAGUAUGCUCUUGAGGCCUGUUGUCUGAAAGGCACUGAACAUAAGCGUCUGCAAGUGUGGUCCAGGUCUCCAGAUCCCCCAACCCACUGCCACCAUGGUAGGAAAAGGUGCCAAAGGGAUGUUGAAUGGUGCUGUGCCCAGCGAGGCCACCAAGAAGGACCAGAACCUCACACGGGGCAACUGGGGCAACCAGAUCGAGUUUGUACUGACGAGCGUGGGCUAUGCCGUGGGCCUGGGCAAUGUCUGGCGUUUCCCAUACCUCUGCUAUCGCAACGGGGGAGGCGCCUUCAUGUUCCCCUACUUCAUCAUGCUGAUCUUCUGCGGGAUUCCUCUCUUCUUCAUGGAGCUCUCCUUCGGCCAGUUUGCAAGCCAGGGCUGCCUGGGGGUCUGGAGGAUCAGCCCCAUGUUCAAAGGCGUGGGCUAUGGUAUGAUGGUGGUGUCCACGUACAUCGGCAUCUACUACAACGUGGUCAUCUGUAUCGCCUUCUACUACUUCUUCUCAUCCAUGACGCACGUGCUGCCCUGGGCGUACUGCAAUAACCCCUGGAACACACCCGACUGUGCCGGUGUGCUGGACGCUUCCAACCUCACCAAUGGCUCCCGGCCCGCUGCCCUGUCUGGUAACCUAUCUCACCUGUCCAACUACACCUUGCCAAGGACCAGCCCCAGCGAGGAGUACUGGAGGCUGUAUGUGUUGAAGCUGUCAGAUGACAUUGGAAACUUUGGGGAAGUGCGGCUUCCCCUCCUGGGCUGCCUCGGCGUCUCCUGGGUGGUUGUAUUCCUCUGUCUCAUCCGAGGCGUCAAGUCUUCAGGAAAAGUGGUGUACUUCACAGCUACAUUCCCCUAUGUGGUGCUGACCAUUCUGUUUGUUCGUGGAGUGACCCUGGAAGGAGCCUUCACGGGUAUCAUGUACUACCUGACCCCACAAUGGGACAAGAUCCUGGAGGCCAAGGUGUGGGGGGAUGCAGCCUCUCAGAUCUUCUAUUCCCUGGGCUGUGCAUGGGGUGGCCUCAUCACCAUGGCAUCCUACAACAAAUUUCACAACAACUGCUACCGGGACAGCGUCAUCAUCAGUAUCACCAACUGUGCUACCAGCGUCUAUGCUGGCUUCGUCAUCUUCUCCAUCCUGGGCUUCAUGGCCAAUCACCUGGGUGUGGAUGUGUCUCGGGUGGCAGACCAUGGGCCUGGGCUAGCUUUCGUCGCUUACCCUGAGGCUCUUACGCUGCUUCCCAUCUCCCCACUCUGGUCCUUAUUGUUUUUCUUCAUGCUCAUCUUGCUGGGGCUGGGUACUCAGUUCUGCCUCCUAGAGACCCUAGUCACUGCCAUUGUGGAUGAGGUGGGGAAUGAGUGGAUUCUGCAGAAGAAGACCUACGUAACCUUGGGUGUCGCUGUGGCUGGCUUCUUGCUGGGCAUCCCCCUUACCAGCCAGGCAGGCAUCUACUGGCUGCUGCUGAUGGACAACUAUGCAGCCAGCUUCUCCUUGGUUGUCAUCUCCUGCAUCAUGUGUGUAUCCAUCAUGUACAUCUAUGGGCACCGAAACUACUUUCAGGACAUCCAGAUGAUGCUGGGAUUUCCCCCGCCUCUCUUCUUCCAGAUCUGUUGGCGCUUUGUUUCUCCAGCUAUCAUCUUUUUCAUUCUCAUCUUCACGGUGAUCCAGUACCGGCCAAUCACCUACAACCACUACCAGUACCCAGGCUGGGCUGUGGCCAUCGGCUUCCUCAUGGCUUUGUCAUCUGUCAUCUGCAUCCCACUAUACGCGCUGUUCCAGCUCUGCCGCACUGAUGGGGACACACUUCUUCAGCGUUUGAAAAAUGCCACAAAGCCAAGCAGAGACUGGGGCCCCGCCCUCCUGGAGCACCGGACUGGGCGCUACGCUCCCACUACAACCCCCUCUCCCGAAGAUGGGUUUGAGGUCCAGCCACUGCACCCGGACAAGGCCCAGAUCCCGAUCGUGGGCAGUAACGGCUCCAGCCGCUUCCAGGACUCCCGGAUAUGAGCGCAGUUGUUGCAAGGGGUGACGCCCCACCCAACCCUUGCUCCCACCAUGGAGACUGGGGAGGCGGACAGGUGGAGGCCUGCCCCAUCACGCCCUGGCCGGGAUGGCUGCUGUCACCUUGACCACCACUGCUCUCAUGUCCCCAGUGUUUACACAUCCUUUGGAUGCCAAGACAGCA